CCUGAGCAGUUUUUAAAUGUCCGACUAGAUGACUCUGCAGUGUUACCUGAUGAUAAAUACAACAACCGCUGACGGACAACAAAUCAGCAAAUCUGUAACCUUUGAACACAGGCUCCUAGAUGUUGCUGAGCGUGCAAGACGUCUAAAAAAUUCCAUUUCGUCAGUCGUCAACAACAGUUCCAUGCCGACAGAAUGGAUGGGCUUUCUUUACAAAUUGCUUUGCGGAAAUGGUGCGAACUUUUGGAUGCCCAUGCAGGAAGGGACAAAAUCUUGAGGAUAACUGGAUUCAUCUGCACUUUGCUGUCAGACCUUCCUGGGACUAGAAACACUCCACUGGCCAAGAAGUUCCUCACAGUAGGCAGGCAGAUAAGUAACAGUCGGACAAUCAACAGGCUCUUUGAUGAUCUGCCAAUGCUCAAUCGUACACUAAGUUAUGGGAUUGGUUCCAGUGAAAAAGACCAAAUCAUCCGAAUCUCCAAUCUUAUAUCAAAUGUCAUCAACACUUGUUACUAUCCACUCGAGCAUUUGGCAUGGUUCGGAGAUCAACAACUUUUAGCAGUUGAAAGUAAAACUUUCUGGAGAGGUGUUUCCUACUGUUGGGCAUCAACUAUGUACCUGGCCAUUGUGAGGACUGUAAGAACCAUAUCCAUGCUAAUACAGCACAGGCGGCACACUUUGCAUUCUGGGAAUCCAUCGGACAGUGAUAUCAUGAAAUUUCGUCGCGGGAUGCUGCAGGAAUUAUUGUCACUCAUACAACAGAUGUCUGAUAUGGGCAUUGCAGUCAAUUCCAUCCCAGGGUUCUUGUGGGGAGGCAAGCUUAAGCCUCGACACAUUGGCAUCCUCGGGAUCGUGUCGACCUUCAUUUCAUUAGCCAAACUACUUCGUUUAGUGCCUUAAAUUUGUGCAGUUUUAGUUUUGGGGCUCGUGUUGUUUUUGCGUCGCGAAACGCGGUUAGACUACGUACGAAUAGCACGGUGGACCUUAUUCCCAACGUUGUUAAGAGGAUAUUAAACAAUUUAACUUCGAACUUCCUUCGAUACUUUAUUAGUGGAGAGAAAUGCAAACUAUUUUGCAAUAUUGUUUCAUGUGAUAUGCUAGGGUAAUUCUAUCAUAUGGUGACGUUUUUUGCAAUCAAAAUACAACUAGUUAAAUUUGGA